AUGGCAAUCCGAGUACUAUGUAGACCUGGCCAAGACUCAAGAACCUACCAUGAGGUUUUUCUGCAGAUAUCAAAGACCUCGCGUUGCAGAUACGCUACUCCAGGGUCUGCCCAACUAGCGCUUUCGGCAGAGUCGGAUCGGGUGUGGGUCGGGUUACUGCGGAGGACUCUGUCAAUUGCGUGGGUGACCAUGACAACAGCGUUCACGGUGCAUGCGUACUGGGACAAGGAGCCAAAUUAAACAGAGCAAGGGGA